AUGUGUCAAUUUAAAAGGUGGUGCUUGGAAGCUCUGUUUUCUCAUCAAUCUACUCACGUUAACCUUCACUAUAAAUAUAGUACUUGCUCAAGUUUUCCAAAUUCAAUUCACUCAAUAGCCAUGGAAGAAGAGAAAUCACAGUCCAAAAUCGAUCAUUCUCGUAAUAAUUUCUCCAUAGCCGUAGAUUAUGAUCACAAAGCCACAGAAUUCCGCCCAUUUUCAUUAUCUUCACCUCACAUGCGAGCUUUCCAUCUCGCAUGGCUCUCUCUAUUUUCCUGUUUCUUCUCUACUUUCGCAAUCCCUCCACUUCUCGAAGUUAUUCGUAAGGACCUCAAUCUCACCCAAACCGACAUCGGCACAGCCGGAAUCGCCUCCUUCAUCGGUUCCAUUUUCUCCCGCCUUGCGAUGGGACCUGCCUGUGACGUGUUCGGUCCACGUGUUGCCUCCGCCACCCUGUCACUCCUCACUGCUCCGGUAGUCCUCUCGACUUCUCUAAUCUCCUCUGCGAAAAGCUUCAUAUUAGUUCGAUUCCUUAUCGGAUUUAGCUUGGCUAAUUUCGUAGCGAGUCAAUUUUGGAUGAGCUCUAUGUUCUCCGGAUGUACUGUUGGGCUUGCUAAUGGAUUCGCUGCCGGUUGGGCAAAUGUAGGCUCUGGCGUGACUCAAUUAGUCAUGCCGCUCGUAUAUACUCUGUUCACUACAAGCUUUAACAUUCCUUCGUUCAUUUCAUGGCGUAUUGCGUUUAUUUUCCCAGCGAUAUUUCAAGCGGCAACAGCGAUUUUGGUACUCGUAUACGGCCAGGACUUGCCUGAUGGAAACUACAAACGUAAAAUUACAAAUAAUCAAAGUGAAAAUUUCUGCAGCGUACUUUUUAAUGGGCUGAAGAAUUACAGGGGAUGGCUAUUGGGAUUGACGUAUGGAUUUUGUUUCGGAGUUGAAUUGACUACCGAUAAUAUAAUAGCAGCGUAUUUUUACGAUCGGUUUCAUGUGAAUAUUGAAAUGGCAGGGGGUAUUGCAGCAAGCUUUGGGCUAGCGAAUUGUGUGUCGAGGCCUGUGGGCGGGAUAAUUUCUGAUAAAAUGGGGAAGAGAUUUGGGAUGAGAGGGCGGUUAUGGAGUUUGUGGGCGGUGCAGAUGGUGGCUGGAUUGAUGUGCGUGCUGCUUGGCCGAGUGAAUACAGUUUGGGCGUCUGUUCUGGUUAUGGCGUGCUUUUCGUUGUUUGUUCAAGCUGCUUCAGGACUCACAUUUGGCAUUGUGCCAUUCGUAUCCAAAAGGUCGUUAGGUGUAAUAUCAGGCAUGACAGGAAGCGGUGGGACUUUAGGCGCAGUUAUAACACAACUCCUGCUAUUUUCAGGUUCCACCAAAUUCUCAACUCAAACAAGCAUAUCAAUUAUGGGCUUAAUGAUGAUUGUCUUUACUCUGCCUAUUACACUAGUCUACUUCCCCAAGUGGGGAGGAAUGUUUUAUGGUCCUUCAAAUAUUGAUGAAGAUGAUGAAAACUACCACCUACUACAUUAAGACUCAUGUUGGAUC